UGUGCAGAUACAUAUGCAAUUGUUGUGUUGAGUGUUGGCCUUCAUUUCAUUUUCAGAUCCGCUGCUGUUCAUUCUCAACCAUGCCACUUUCAUUGCUUCCAAACUAAAUCAAACAAAUCAAUACUAUAAGUUAACCAAAACCAUGAAAUCAGGAAAAGCAACACUACUAUCAUACCCUUCUCGUCUUCCCUUUUCAAUUCUUUUUCUCAUGCACUGACCGUGUCUGAGAAAGUUUCUGUGGUUGAUUUGAAUCGGUUGUGUGGUGUAUUGGUGGUGGGAGAAAUUUUCUGUUACAUGUUUAGGACGGCAAAGUUUUGGUUUUGUGCUUGUUUCUGAUAGCUUGUACUGAGUUGUAGCACUUGGAUCUAGUGGAUUGAGCCUCUGUAACUCGCUAUCUGACUCAGUGAUUGUGGUUAUGGAGACCCUUUUUGUUGUUGAGCAGCAUAAGAACCAAUACUGCAGCAGGUCCAAGUCACAGGGCCAUGCUCGAUUUGGGGGUUCUCCUUCAAUGGGCUUUAGGGAUAUCAAUUGCAGGACUUUUGAGUCUGGGAGGACUGGUAUAUUGCCAACUCCUUUGAAAUCUCAUGGUUCACCUAAAACACCACCUAACUCUGAUAACAAAAUGGUUGGGAAAGUAAAAGUUACUCCCAAGAGCACCCCAAUUCCCAUCAAUGGUAAAGCUUGUAGAAAAGAGGAGAGUGAAGAUGUCCCUAAUGGUGGGGGCGUUUUGCUUUCUGAAUUGUGGGCUGGACCUACCUACUCAAACUCACCACCUCCCAGUUCCUUACCAAUUCCCAAGUUUUCCGUCCGGCCGAAGAGGACCGUGUCUCUUGAUCUUCCUGGUUCCUCCUCCCCUGGGAUUGAAAUGCGCCUGGUGGCUAAGUCUGCGCCCUCUUCCCCUAGCAGGGAGCGUUUGGAUCUGCCUUUUACAAGGGAUCUCUUUGAUGAUAAUGCUGAUUCUGCUACUAAGACCCUGUGUCGCAUUCUUAAUCUUAACAUCAAUGAUGACUGAAGUGCAAGGAGCAAUAGGCUCCUGUUAGUGUUAGAUGUGUAUAGAUACCAAAUAAAGUUUGUAGUCUUAGUUGGUUUAUGUAGCCUUCGGUUGUGUUGUUGCCCUUGACAAUCUUGGCUGUGGUGGUGGGUCAACAAUCUCCAGAUUUUGGAAUUUGGAUCAAGCUUUGCUGUGGAGACGGUAACUGGGUGUAUAAUAGAGGAAUCUAUCGAAAGCAGGCUUUGCUAUGGAUAGUGCAACUUGAUGGAAGCUUCGGGAAAAUGUUUGGUAUGUAGAAUGGUGGUAAUGGGUAGAAGUGGCUUGGAAUAGACUUGGGUUGACAUUGAUUUAAUCUAUUGGACCUGAAGAAUCCUGUAUUUAUGAUAUAUAGUUCUCAGCAUCAUCUCCUCACAGAAUGGUUAACUUUCCCUCAUUCUUACAUAGGAUUUAGGCCUCUUGCUUUAGAUAUUAUGUAUAUACUGUAAAAUCAUCCACUCCCCUCCCUGCCCCUUCUCUCUCUCUCUAUCUGUUUCUUCUUUCUACAAUCCUUAACCAUUCAAACUUCUAUUCUAAAUUGUUUUACUUUCCUUCUUUGCCUGACAUGAUUUUAUGGUGUGCAUCACUGUCAUAUCAGUCUGCUAGAUGGUAAUGCUGUUUGCUAGUUACUACCUUCCUCACCAGUCUUUCUUUUCCCCUAGUCAUCUUUGUUUCUCUUUGUUAACUUUGUAUUUAGCUAACCCUCAGUGAGGGUGUAGUUUACCCCUUCAUCAUCUUUUCUGUUUUUUUUCAAAGAAAAGUAAGAAGGGAUUGGUAGUAGUCUUUUGCAGUAUCUGCUUCAGUUUUUAGGAUUAUUCCAUGUCACUCCACCUACUAGUAAACCCCUGAUAUGUUUCAUUCCGAAUAAUGCUUAUUUCCUUAGUCCUAGGCCUAGUUCUCUCCUGGCUUAUCUUCCGUUAUCAUGGAGUGUGUUGACCAUGCUAUGCCAAAUUUUAAGGUGGCUAACUUUAUGAAGUUUGUUUCGAUCCUGACUCGUGAGAUGUGGUCAGUUGCAACUCAGUUUUUCUCCAUAAUGUACCUUGUGGAUCAUAAAUUUGUCUGUGUUUCUUUCUUUCUGCCGCAGUUACUUAUGGAUUUUGUUUGGUCUGCUGGAAUAUAAUGCUAGUGACUAUUAUCUAUAUAAUAUUUUGUAUCUGAAUUUAGUACUUAUUCGCCUUGUUAAUUUAUAUAGCUGUUCUUCGGGAGCUAUGACCUAUGGCAUGAUUAUCUGCAUUUCUAUGAACUUUUGUAUCUGUUGUCGUUGUUUGAUCUUUAAAUGAA